UAUUCGCCGUAGUACGAUUCGUGAAUUCGCCUUCCGGCCGGGCGGCUUAGCUCCACCCCAACUCUUACAAUUGGGAUUCUGUAUAGCUGCAUCCAUUUUCGUGUAUUUAAGAUAUCUUCAAGAAUUAACAAACGUGGAGAAAAGCGAGACGCAGAGGUACGAAGGGUCUCGAAAAGGAAACGAGGUGGAUUCGACAUCUAUAUUAUGAGAUGCAAGGGAACCCUCCCAGGACGAUGACAGCGAUGGGUUAGACAGGAUUGUACACGAUGAUGGCAAAAUAAAAGCAUUAGUCUGUAAAGAUGUCUGCUCCAGCCGGGCCCCACAGCGGGCCUGUCCUGCCGGAGAUGCCCGACCUGAGCCACCUCACCGAGGAGGAGAGAAAGAUCAUCCUCGGUGUCAUGGACCGGCAGAAGAAAGAGGAGGAAAAGGAGCAGUCCAUGCUGAAGGUCAAAGAAGAUGCAAAAUCUCAGCCAGUCCAGUGGUUUCCCUUUAGUGGGUUCACUGAUCUGGUUAAUAAUGUCCUCCAGCCCCAGACAAAGUCUCAAAACCAACCUCAAACAGACCCUUCAAAAGAACCAGAGACGAAACUGCACCAGCAAUUUGAGAGUUAUAAGGAGCAGGUGAAGAAGAUGGGAGAGGAAUCACAGGCCAGCCAGGAACAGAAGGGCGACGCCCCCACCUGCGGAAUCUGCCAUAAAACCAAGUUUGCCGACGGCUGUGGCCACCUCUGUUCUUAUUGCCAAACCAAGUUCUGUGCACGGUGUGGAGGAAGAGUUGCACUACGCUCGAACAAGGAGGAUAAAAUGGUAAUGUGGGUUUGCAACCUGUGCCGAAAACAACAAGAGAUCCUCACCAAGUCCGGGGCCUGGUUUUACAGCGGGGGGCCGGAGGCAGUCCUGCCUUCGGGCGUGAGUGACCCCCGCCGUCGCCACGAAGAGGCUCCUCAAGAGAAGAAGGCCAAAUUGCAAGAACCCCCUCUCCUGUACCAGGGGCCGCCAGGGGACCGCACCAGAGCCCCGGGACUUCCACGUCAGGCGUCCCUUAACAACGACACUCUGAGUAACAGAAAAAGAAGCCCAUCUGCAACCAGGGAUCCAAACCAAAAAUACGACCAAAGGGAGGAAAAGGCGGAGCAUUCACAGUAUGCCCCAGGGCAGGGCGGCAUGCCACGAUCGCCGUCUGACUACGGGGCCGGAGACCGGCAAUGGCGAGGAGGUUACGGUCGGACCUACGAGGACGCAGAGGUAGCGCGCGGGGCAUACCGUGCUCAACGGGGCGGAUGGCACUCUCAGGAAGAGUACCCACCCGAACCCGGUUUCCUGCCCGACGGCCCGCCCCUCAGCGAACACGAGCUACAGCGCAAGCGGCAGGAGGAGUACCAAAACCGUUACCGUAGCGACCCGAACCUGGCCCGCUACCCGGUCAAGCCGCAACCCUACGAGGAACAGAUGCGCAUGCACGCGGAAGUGUCGCGCUUUAGGCACGAACGGCGCCAUAGCGAUGUAUCCCUUGCUUACACGGAGAUGGACGAGCCCCUCGGGCCCCUGCGUGGACCUCGCUACUCACAAGGCCCCGGACACACGCAACGGAGGUCCAACCAUAGUCCACCGGGUAUGGACUCCCUUAAUAGGCAGCAGCACCUGGAUCCCGUCUCAGCCGUACGGAAGAAUAAACGAGAGAAGGUGGAAAGCAUGUUGCGGAACGACUCGCUCAGUUCGGACCAAUCGGAGUCUGUCAGGCCGCCACCGCCCAAACCACACAAGUCCAAGAGGGGCGGCAAAAUGAGGCAGGUGUCCCUGAGCAGCUCAGAGGAGGAACUGGCCACUACACCCGAGUACACCAGCUGCGAUGACGUGGAGAUUGAGAGUGAAUCCGUUAGCGAAAAAGGGGACAGUCAAAGGGGAAAAAGACAAACUUUUGAGCAGUCACACAUCAUAUCUGAGGGCCAAAAGAAAAUGGUGCGCUUUGGGGGACACUCUUUGGAGGAAGAUGCUGAUUGGUGUGAACCCCAAGUUAAAGACUCGGGGGUUGAUACGUGCAGUAGCACGACCCUAAAUGAGGAACAUAGCCAUAGUGAGAAGCACCCGGUCACAUGGCAGCCCUCCAAAGAUGGAGAUCGACUCAUAGGCAGGAUUCUGCUUAACAAGCGGAUGAAGGAUGGCAGCAUUCCCCGCGACUCCGGAGCUCUUUUGGGAUUGAAAGUGGUUGGGGGAAAGAUGACAGAGUCUGGUCGACUUUGUGCUUUCAUCACCAAAGUAAGGAAAGGGAGUUUAGCGGAUACUGUUGGACACCUCAGACCAGGUGACCAGGUCCUAGAGUGGAAUGGCAGAAAGUUACAAGGAGCGACAUUUAAAGAAGUUUACAAUAUCAUUUUAGAAUCAAAGCCAGAGCCUCAGGUGGAACUAGUGGUCUCACGGCCCAUUGGAGAUAUACCCAGGAUACCUGAAAGCACACAUUCACAACUGGAGUCCAGUUCCAGUUCAUUCGAGUCACAGAAGAUGGAUCGGCCAUCUAUAUCCAUCACGUCUCCCAUGAGCCCUGGUGUGCUGCGGGACGCCCCUCAGUAUUUAUCGGGACAGCUUACAAGCCAAAGCCUUAGUAGAAGAAUUGAGCCUUUUAAUCCUAGAGUUCAGGUCAAACUAUGGUAUGACAAAGUCGGCCAUCAGCUCAUCGUCACCAUACUGGGGGCGAAGGACCUGCCUUCAAGAGAAGACGGCCGACCGCGAAAUCCAUACGUGAAAAUCUACUUCCUCCCUGACAGAAGUUUGAAUAAUUGUUUCUCCAGUGACAAAAGCAAAAGAAGAACAAAAACGGUAAAGAAAUCACUAGAGCCCAAAUGGAACCAGACCUUUAUGUAUUCUCCCGUCCACCGGCGAGAGUUCAGGGAACGUAUGCUGGAGAUCACGCUGUGGGAUCAGGCCCGGGUACGAGAAGAAGAGAGUGAGUUCCUGGGAGAGAUCCUCAUAGAGCUGGAAACAGCACUCGUAGAUGAUGAGCCACACUGGUACAAACUCCAAACGCAUGAUGUGUCAUCAGUCCCCCUGCCCAAGAGCUCCCCCUCCGUGCAGAGACGAGCACUGCAUGGAGAGAGUCCCUCACGCAGAUUGCAGAGGUCCCAGAGGAUCAGUGACAGUGAGUUUUCAGACUAUGACUGUGAAGAUGGUGUUGGUGUUUUAUCAGACUAUAGAAACGGCAGGGAUCUCCAGAGCUCCACCCUCUCUGUGCCCGAACAGGUCUUAUCGUCCAAUCAUUGCUCUCGGUCAGCAGACAUCAACCGGGCGCGGUCACGGUCACCCAGUGUGCCCCCUUCUCAGAGGAAUUACGGAGCGCACGACUAUCACCACAGGUCCCGCUCUGCAGACCAGCGGUCCGCAAUGGAGAGACCCAUGUACAGUCGCUCUCGCUCCACGGAGCGGCCGCCCGACAGCCCUCACUUGAGGUCAUCAAUGCCCUCCCUGCCGUCAGGACACUCCGCACCAUCUUCCCCUGCCUUAUCGAGGGCUCAUCCUCGUGGUGGAUCGGCUCAGACCAGUCCCACCGGCACACCUCUUAACAACAGGAGAGGACGACAGCUACCACAACUGCCUCCCAAAGGAACGCUAGAAAGAAAAGACUGUGAUGAAGAACCUGAGCCGUGUCCAGACACGGACUCCCCCGGUCGGACAAACUCAGGUGCUUUGGAUGUCGAAGAGCGAACGCGGGAGAUGAAGCUAAAGAUGAACAAAUAUAAACAAGGAACCGGUUCAGACUCCAGACUUGAACAGGAUUAUCAAUCAAAGCGUUCAGGCAGGGACCCUCAGCGAGGAGAAAACCUCUCGGCCAAAUCUUCGGACAGUGAUGUUAGCGACGUGUCCGCUGUGUCGAGAACCAGUAGCGCAUCUCGAUUCAGCAGCAUGAGCUACAUCUCUGUCCAAUCAGAACGGCCGCGGGGAAGCCGAAAGAUCAGCAAAGCAAUGCAGGGGCGGAGCCUCUCCAGGGAGGGGGAGGAGUUUGUUGGGGAGGCUUUACAGGAGGAGCAGGAAGUGGGAAGGUUAGAGGAGGAGAGAGGGGGAAAGGGAGAUGGGCGGAGGUCAGGAAAAGGGAGAAGACGAAAAGAUAGUGUAGACAGGGAAGAUGCUGAGGAGGAGGAGCCUGAAGAGGGCGUGGCCCAGAAGACAAUCUCAGAGAUGGACCUCAGUGAAUUUACAUCCAAAAUGAAACACAGGCAAAUGGGAGCGGCCCCCGGUGGCAAUAUGACCAAAAGCACCAGCAUCGGCGGGGAAAUGUGCAGCCUGGAGAAGACCGACGGCAGCCAAUCGGACACGGCCGUGAGUCUGGCGGGAACCGUUCAGAAGAAACGGCGCUCCAGCAUCGGCGCCAAGAUGGCGGCAGUCGUCGGGUUGAGUCGAAAGAGUCGUAGCGCCUCCCAACUCAGCCAGACAGAAGCAGGAGGAAAGAAGCUUCGUAGCACAAUUCAGAGGAGCACGGAGACCGGUCUGGCUGUAGAGAUGCGAACCCGAAUGACCCGGCAGGCCAGUCGUGAAUCCAAUGAUGGCAGCAUGAACAGCUACAGCUCGGAGGGGAAUCUCAUCUUCCCUGGUGUAAGACUUUCCUCUGACAGCCAGUUCAGUGAUUUCCUGGAUGGACUUGGCCCCGCCCAGCUUGUGGGAAGACAGACGUUAGCCACACCCCCUAUGGGUGACAUUCAGAUUGGGAUGGUGGAAAAGAAAGGAGCGCUGGAGGUUGAGGUCAUCCGAGCCAGAGGCCUUGUGGGCAAGCCAGGUUCUAAGGCAUUGCCAGCCCCUUAUGUUAAAGUGUAUCUACUGGAGAAUGGUGCCUGUAUAGCAAAAAAGAAAACAAAAGUAGCACGAAAAACACUGGACCCACUUUACCAGCAGCAGCUGUCGUUUGAAGAGACUCCAGGAGGAAAAGUUUUACAGAUCAUUGUAUGGGGAGACUACGGACGUAUGGACCACAAGUCUUUCAUGGGAGCUGCUCAGAUACUUUUAGAUGAUCUGGACUUGUCCAACCUGGUUAUUGGCUGGUUUAAGCUGUUCCCGCCCUCUUCAUUAGUCGACCCAUCUUUGGCCCCGUUGACUAGAAGAGCGUCCCAGUCAUCUCUCGACAGCGGAUCCGGACCAUUCGGCCGCUCGUAGCAGUUUUCUGAAAUAAGCGUUAUUGUAGCAGCCAUUGGGUCGAGUUUGAGAUUUGCGACAGGUCCCGUUUCCCCGGUAACACUGCAUGCUUGAUGUUGUGUGUUCAGAGCUUGUUUCUUAGGGGUGAUUAAAGGGGUCCUGUGUUUGCUCGCAAAAAAAAGUCGCACACAUUGUGCGCAAAAAGCACCCAAUAAGGGUAGGGGAGAGACAAGCUGAACAAAGCUGAAAAUGGGAUCGUUAGCUUAAGGAAAAUCACAAUUCCUGCUUUUAGAACCUUUUUGAAGCCAUCAGAGAUGGGUCUGAACUUAGAACCAGUCGGAUUCUUCAGAAGCCCUUUUUGAAUCGGGCUACAAUGUUCUCUUCGACUUUUCUUUUACCUUUUAUUUCAUGUAUGUUUUAAUGUUGAUGUAUUUGUAUCUACAUGGGCUAACAGUGUUCCUUACCAGAGACUGGGUCAAGCCAUGCCAACAGACCCAGAAAUGUACACGUGAAACAAGAAUAUGAGAUGGGAUUGAGCUUUGAUUUUGCACCUCACUCCCCUGAUAUGAUUCUGCUAGAUCAACACGGAGAUGAAAUCUAGGUUUGAAUUGUUGUGAAACACCUUUUAAGAUCAAACUGAAUUACUUCUCUUGAUACUGUAUGAAAACUAAACGUUUUUAUUUUGCAUGGACACAACUUUAGCUGAACUUGAGAAAAAAAGAAAAAAUAGUUGGAAAAUAAAUACAAAAUAUUUUCUUGAGACUGCUACUCUCAACAACUACAAGAAAACUACAAGAGAAAAGAAAAAAACUAACCGGAUCAGCCAUUUUCAAGAUUUCUAUUAUUUUUAAAGAUAAAUUUCACUAGUGCAUGGUUUUCAUUGGGGAGUGAAUGCUACAGUGUGAUUUGAAAAACAUGAAACCUUGUUUUAUCGUCCUGUAGACCGUUCAUUGGUCUUUCCUGUAUUUUUACAGACAAUGAAAAGCUUAACACUUUAUUUACAAUCUGUUAAUGUGACAAAGACGUUCAACAAUUAAAUGUCUAUGAUUUAUAACUGUAAAGGCGUAAGCCUUAUGAAGCUAAAGAUUAUGUGCAAAUUGUACACGUUUCUCUACUUCUCCCUUGUCCCAGGGUAACUGCUGUACUUCUUGAUUCCGAUGUCAGAUUUCUCCCAACAUUGUUCGGAUUCUUUUUUAUGUUCCUGGCUGUUCCUUUUCUACAGCUCUGUCUGUAUAUUGUUUGAAGAUCAUUCGUUUAACAAGCAUGUUGAAAAGGGUUUUUGGCAACAAGGCUUGGGCGCACAUCUUACAGUAACUCAGCAUGUUUUGAUAAAGACGAUAUUUGGAGAAAAAAAGCAGUGCAUGUCGAUGAUGAUCCUUUACCCCACAUGAAUUUCGUUUUUGUGAAAGUUAGGCAGCGGUCUUACGUGGACCAGAAGGGCAAAAAAUCCGAAUGAACAUUCCACCUUAGCAAAUCAUACUUUGUUGAAAAUUUAAGGGAAAGGUGACCAGGGAUUUUUUUUUAUCUUUAUGGAAAUAUGAGCUGCAGUAUUCCUGACAAAAGAGCCCAAUAUUUCACAAGGUCUUUACACUGGAGGUGGCUGCAGCUGACAGAUUUUCGCAGUAUUGUACUGUGCAGUUUUCCUAGCAUGAUGCUGUCUGCAGAGAAAUGCACACUGGGACGAUAAUAUUGCCACACGAUAUAUCUUUCAUUUUUAUUUCUUUGUUUUUCAAGAAAGUAGUCGAUUCAUAUAUUUUUGUUAGUUUAUUUACGAGCCAAGACCUAUUAAUUUUUUAUUUUCUAUUUUUAGUAAUAAUCAGAGCUUCUUAUAUCUUGGAAGUAUGACACAAUAAAAAUGCCUGAUCGAGACAUUAUACCUCUUCCAAUAAAAUUUGCUUUUUUGUGACAAAAUAAUACUUGUUUUUCAUCUGUAACGAAGCUUCUGUCGACAUAUGAUUUGGGUGUACAUCUGUUAUGUCGUACUGUAUGAGAUUUUAAUAGUAAUCUAUAAACAACACAAACCUUUUUCCGAUCUUUUGGAAGUGGGAUAAUGUCUCAUGAUGUCAAAGAUAUGCUCUGUUCUCUUUCAAAUGCCUUCUCUCUUUAUUAUUAUUAUUAUUAUUAAUUAUUAUUUCUUACUUUAUUUUGGUGCAAUGUGUUUAUUGGCCAAGGCUAUGUCUUGGUCAAGUAUGGUUGAGUACAGAGAUUUAUGUAAGUUAUUUUUCAAAUUAAAAAAUAAAAAUGGAUAUUACACUGGCAAAUGAGUGUUACCAACUAGUAUUAAAAAAAUCAGUUUCUAUUUACAAUAU